AUGAAGGACGCUUCUGAGAAGUUCCCAGAUGUGCCAGAGGUCCUGUUUAUUCCCUCUAACGGUGAGGAUACCAGGGGAGUAUAUUCAUCAAAGGCCCUAGGCGAAUUUUACUGCACUCUGGCCGAUCGCUUUGGGCGAGAUCGUGAGUUCUAUUCAACAACAAAAGAUGAGAAUGGUAUGACACCGCUUCAUUACGCAGCGCGCUUAUUGCCAGCGGAACCCAUUUCUUUCUUGACGGAAGGCAGGGAGGAACGCCAGAAAUGGGUAUCGCUACUGAAGGGCCUUAAGAAGGAUGAGUUGAAUAAGCAGGAUGAAGACGGUCGUACUCCAGUGUCUCAUGCAGCAGAGGCUGGAAAUAAAUGGGCUGUGGACAAAUUGAUCGAAGCUGGAGCUGACCCCUACCAAUGUGACAAAAACGGACGAUCGCCCUUGUCCUGGGCAGCGCAAUUCGGCCGAAAAAAAUUGUUUGAGCUACUAAGUUGUUCCGAAUUCUCUGAUGACAAGGACAACCAAGGCUGGACACCGUGCCAUUAUUUUCUCCAAUAUUCUCCACAAAGCCAGCCUUACUCAUUUGAGAAUGAUGAUUUCGGCAUUCUUCCACUUAUUUGGAAGGGAAGUAAUACCGUGAAAGUAAGACAGCUGUUAGGGGGGAGGCUGCCGUGGUCACAAGUGCCACCCGACCUCGUGAGCACGUCCUUAUUGAAGGAGCCUGAUGUUUUUGGCUUCACCUUGCUGUCGCGUGCUGUACAACUGAAGAAGACUUCAAUCGUCGAAAUUCUCCUCACAAUCGAAGAUGUCGACAUAGUCGUGCCAGACAGAGAUGGAAAAACGCCGCUAUGGCGGGCGGUAGAGGCCGGAAGCCACAAAAUCGCUGAAUUACUGUGGGAUACGGAUGAUGUUACUCUGAGGCUACUUGCGACGAGCGCUCAAUCUGACCUUCUGGAGUGGCUUGUUAUCAACGGCUACCCAUUGAUUAGAUGCCACGGUCCUCAUAAUGAGACAGUCUUGCAUAUAAUCCUUGACAUCCCCAAUAUCGGUGAUAUGGAGAAUCUUCUCGAAAAGGUUCUAGUCGCCAAAGUGCCCAAGCUCCCCGCGGAUACUGUCAGAACCCCAACAAAAGCGGAUACGUCCCCUCUAGAGAAAACCGACAGCCGUGGCUUGACUCCGCUCGCCUUGGCAAAAGAGAAACGACUGCUACCUAUAGUGAAGCUUUUCCUUCGAUGGCGUGCCAAAGUGGACCCCUUCAAGGAGAAAGCGGACUGGUUUAGCCUCUUACGAGACUGUAACGAUGACAGUGAUUUUGAAAAAACGUAUCGAGAUGUGUCGUUUGAGCUUUUAGAAAUGAAGAACAACAUCCUUGUCUUUGACUUCCACCGAGCGGAGGCUGUAACGCCAGAAGGAUGUCUUAUCGAGCGAAGUGAUAUGCUUCAACAUCUCUGGCUACACAACAGAAAGCAAAAUUGGAUAGCCUCGUUGCAACAUGGUCUGUACCAUAAUGUGGAAUCUUACGCAUACAGCCGCGUACACAUCGACAGCAAGCUCUCCGAAGUAACUUGUGUUUUAUCGGCCGAAUUCCCCAACCCGGAUGAAGGAUUCUUUAAAAGACAUAGCCCAUUCCACUCUGAGGGUAUAACAAGUCAUAAAUGCUGGUGUAUAUCGUGGACAAGGUCACGAUUUCCGGAUAAGAGUGGCGACGAACGACCCGUCUUCUACAGUAGUACCAUCUCUCACGGCCAGAUGCCUAGAGGCGAGGACAAAUUCCUCCAACAAUACAUUAUUGAACUAUUGAAGGAAUGGUCUCUAGUCUGCGAUGAAAUUGAGACACAUGUAAUGGGUCAUUGCACUGGUAAUGAUACAAGUACCGCUGUUCUUAUUACUAACCUAGCUGAUGAUUCACGUUACUUGGCCACCAUCCAGAAGGCCCUUCAGGAUCAGACCAAGGGCAUACAGAAGGCAAUUGAUGAGUAUCGCAGGGUGGAUGAACGCCACCUUUCUUGUUUGGGGGACUCAGAAGAGGAUCUUAAAUUCUUCAAGUCAACUAUCAAUGAUCGACUGGAUAAGCAGCACGAGCGGGUGCGGGAUCUUCGUCAGAUGGAAUUUGCUAGGCUUUCCGUUGAAGAAACAGUUUUCAUGAGACGCAUCAGUCUCAUUACUUUUAUUUUCUUACCAUUGAUGUUUGCAUCGCAACAGAGCCUAUUCGGCAUGAACGUAAACGCGCUGCAAAACAACCCUGACUGGCGCUGGUAUAUCGUUUUUGGUGCUGCAUCGCUUUUUUUGACCUAUGCCUUGUGGAAGGUUUCUGAUCAGAACAUCCGAUUAUCACAGAUAUGGUCUGAAAUACGUGCGAGGAGGGCUAUGAAGAACAAGAAGAAGGAUUGCGAGGGCUAG